AUGAAAACUCCUCUACUGAAAACCCUUUUGACGGCUGACUUACUGUGGGCAGAUCCAAGUCGAGAAGAUCCACCUUUUGGUUUGCUAUACGGUGAAAGUCGUCGCCAUGUGUCACACGUUUUCUCUGAAACUGCCUUACGUGUUGCUCUUCGUAACGUUGGGUUCAGCAUUCUUAUACGAGGCCAUGAACUUGUUUGGAAUGGUAUAUCGUGGGAAUUCAAGGGACGGUGUUAUACCGUACAUACAACUACGAGGAGUAUUUUGAUACCGACUAGAGCGUCAUUAAUAAGUCUAAAAAAGCUGCGGGGUACUCGCAGAUUGCAUAUUGAUACAGUAAACAAUCCCUUAGAUGCAACUGCACUCAAUAUUCUUAAUAAAGCGUGGUGUAUUCAGCUGUGGUUCUACUUCUGGUCGCAGUUUAAACAAGAUCAAGCGACUGAGCUCGAUCAGCACGCAGAUGAAAAACUGUUAGAGGCCUACUGUUUGCCUCCAAAAUUAGAAGGUCGCCGUUUUAUCAAUUACACAGACCUAUGUUUAUGA